UGUGGAGAUUUCCAGGAAUCCCAGGUGCAUUGUUUUAUUUGUGUACUUGUCUUGAGCUUGCUACGCAACAUCGAAUCAAAUACGAAGAGAAUGUGUGGGCUCAGAGAAUGUGUACUUGUUUACUUUGCCGUUCUUGCAUUUGGAGUUUGCUCCAGUAACGGACAAGCUGGAACUAAGGGUGUGCGGCUGGUGGGAGCUCCAACAGCAGGCGAGUGUUUUCGCGGUGGAGUGGCUAGCAUCCUCUCUGGACCUAAAGGAUUCAAGGGCGACCGAGGAGGGCCUGGAGUGAAGGGUCAUCCAGGCCCAGCUGGACCAGAUGGACCGAGAGGAUCUAAAGGUGAAGAAGGACCUCCUGGAGGUGACGGUCCUCAAGGAUUCAAAGGUGAUAAAGGAAAUACUGGGUCUUUCGGAGGCCCUGGCCCUAGGGGACGUCAGGUAUGUUUUGAUACGAAUUGA